UGACGACAGUCCCGUCUGAGCCGGAGCGCCACCCAGCAGUGUGGCCGUCAUGGCGUCGCCUUUCAGCGGGGCAUUGCAGCUAACGGACCUGGAUGAUUUCAUUGGGCCGUCUCAGGAUUGCAUAAAGCCUAUGAAAGUUGAAAAAAAACUUGGAAAAGGCACAGCGAAGAUCCAGAUUGAAGACGAUGGGACUUAUUUCCAAGUUAAUCAAGAUGGAGGCUCUCGGAAGCUUGAAAAAGCUAAAAUCUCUCUGAAUGACUGCUUAGCCUGCAGUGGCUGCAUUACUUCAGCCGAAAGUGUCUUAAUCACCCAGCAAAGCCAUGAAGAGCUAUACAAGAUUUUAAAUUUUAACAAAAUUGCUGAGCCAAGUCAGCAAAAGCUAGUUGUCAUUUCGGUUUCACCACAGUCAAGAGCAUCAUUAGCAGCAAGAUUUCAACUGACUCCUCUAGAUACUGCCAAGAAAUUAACUUCAUUCUUUAAAAAUAGAGGAGUGCACUAUGUGUUUGACACAACCUUCUCAAGAAAUUUUAGCCUCUUGGAAAGCCAACGAGAGUUUGUACAGCGAUUUCGAAGACGAACAGAAUCCAAACAAGCCUUGCCCAUGUUGGCCUCUGCCUGCCCAGGUUGGAUCUGUUAUGCUGAGAAAACCCAUGGAAGUUUUAUUAUCCCUUACAUUAGUACAGCUAAAUCUCCCCAACAGGUCAUGGGAAGCCUUAUCAAGGAUCACUUUGCAAAGAAGCAGCAUUUAACCCCUGACAAGAUCUACCAUGUAACAGUGAUGCCCUGCUAUGACAAAAAGUUAGAAGCAUCAAGACCAGACUUUUUCAACCAAGAGUACCAAACUAGAGAUGUAGACUGUGUAAUUACCACAGGGGAAAUAUUAAGGCUGCUGGAACAAGAGGGCGUCUCUUUGUCAGAUGUGGAUCCAGCCCCUUUGGAUGCUGAGUUUAGCUCUGUUUCUGGAGAGGAGCUCUUCGGCCAUCGUGGUGGUGGUUCUGGUGGUUAUUUAGAGCAUAUAUUCCGAUAUGCUGCCCAAGAACUCUUUGGAAUCCAUGUGGAUGGAAUCACCUACAAACCUUUGAAAAACAAAGAUUUCCAAGAAGUGAUGCUAGAAAAAGAUGGUACAGUUCUACUUCACUUUGCGUUGGCAUAUGGAUUUAGAAACAUUCAGAACUUAGUACAGAAACUCAAGAAAGGAAAGUCUCCAUAUCACUAUGUGGAAGUCAUGGCCUGUCCAUCAGGCUGUUUAAAUGGUGGUGGUCAAAUCAAAGCAGAAGCUAUCUCCAGUAAGGACCUUCUCCAGCAAGUGGAAAAGCUCUAUGAGAUGGUUAGGACUGUAAUGCCCGAGACAAGUCCAGAAAUUAAAGAAUUGUAUGAACAGUGGCUUAAAGGGAAGGACUCCGAAGAAGCUGGGACAACAUUGCAUACACAGUAUCAUGCAGUAGAGAAGAUGAACACUGGUUUUAACAUUAAAUGGUAGGGAGAAGCAAUGGGUCCAGCAUGCAGUUUCUGCUUGAAGGAGUAAGAACACUGUGAAAAACAAAGGCUGCUGAAGUUGACUGAGUUUGGCCUCAGCAGAAGAAAUCCCAAGAAAGCCAUCAUUCCAACUGCUCACUAAGAAAAACAAAUUACAAGACUACUACAGUAUUGAAUCUUAGAGUUAUAUUGAGGCAAGGAGGCUUUCAGAUAAAAAUAGAAACCAGCUGAAAAGCUGGGUUUCUGGUUGGAUGGGACAGAAGACAUUUUGACAUUACAUUUUAUCUGCCCUAGAGUUUUUACCAAAAAGGUUAAAAACUCUAAACUCUCUCUUCCUCUGCCCCCUCUCCCAGCCCCAAUACCCAUUCAGUCUAGUCUUCACAUAAGUAAUUUUGUAAGCACUUCCAUAUGUUAUGUGACUUGCAUUUUUGUCACCAGCAUCUAAGAGUCCGAGGGUGGUUUCCUUGAACUCUUUGGAUGUUUGUCUCUCUUAUUUUUACACACGUAUUAGGAGAUUUUCCAAUAAUUCAAUGGUGCUAGCUUCAUUUAAAAAAAAUAUUGAUUACUAGUUAAUUGAUCCCAGAUCUUAAUGUAAAGCAAAAUGUGAGUCUGAAGUCAUUCCCUGAAAAUGUCUGUGGAUUGGGAAAGAUGAAAGUACCAGGUACAACUAAGGUUGUCUUGACAAGAAUCCAACCCUAAUUCCUUGGUAUUAUCAGGAUGUUGUAGAACACUGAAUUAAAGUCAUUUUCUUAAGUCAAAUGAUAAAUUUAGAUAUCCAAACCAUCCUGGUAUUUGAACAAAUGGCAUGUUCAAGGACUUGGGUUCAAUGUGUCAAGUACCUAACCCACUCAGAUGCCUUAAGAAUCCAUCUGUGUGCUGCUGUCUCAGGUAAAACAUAGUAUUUAUUUUUUAAAAUGCUUCAGUGACUCCUAUGGUCAUUAAAAUCUUUUUUGCUUACAUAUAAUUAUGUUCUAAAAUCUGCAUAUUGACUUAAUGAACAAUAUUAAAAAAAUCAGCCCCUGGCAUUUUUCCAUUUC